GAUUAAUUGCAGGUGUAAGCAAGCAGUAGUUUGUUGCAUGUCAAUGCAGUGUGUGACAUCACAAUGAGAGGGGUACUAAUAUUAAGUUUGCUGGCUUGUGUAGCCGCGAAAGUUCUUUACAAUGGCGAUCAAGUUCUUCGAUUCACCAGCGAAGAUUUGGCGACGCGGGAGUUGCUUCGGUUGGUUGGGCAACAACACCAGUUGAAAUUUUGGCGGGAACCCGAACGCAUGGUUGGGCCUGUAGAUAUGCAUGUACCUGCGCACAAAGUUACUGAGUUGAAACAAUUGCUACGACAAUACGGAAUCGAGUAUGACGUCAUGAUUGAUGACGUACAAGAGGUGAUUGACGCGCAAGUAACACCGAGGUUACCACAGCUGAAUCUCGCUGAAUUUGAUUAUAAUAAAUAUCACACAUUUCAAGAGAUUGAUCAAUGGGUGACUGAUUAUACCACGGCACACAAGAAACACCUGACCAAAAUAAAAGUUGGGGUGACGUAUCAAAACACGACGUUCCACGCUGUGAAGAUAAGCACAGGCGGCAGUAUGAAACCAGCGUUCGUCAUCGAUUGUGGAAUCCACGCCGAUGAAUGGAUAGGACCUGCUACAUGUAUUCAUGUUAUUAAAAAUCUAACAGAACACAAAGGCUUGACGACAAAAGUCGGAAAGAUUCUCGAAUCCGUGGAUUUUUACCUCAUACCUUCGGCGAAUCCAGAUGGAUAUAAUUACACUUGGACCAAGAAUCGGUUGUGGCGCAAAACUCGCUCGCCGACUUCUGGUGGUUGCUUCGGGGUUGACCCUAACAGGAAUUGGGAUGUUAACUGGUCAGGUCCCGGCGCAAGUAGUGAUCCUUGCAACGACGAUUACUACGGUCCUCAUGUUUGGUCAGAGGCGAACGUGAGGUCACAGAGAGACUUCGUAAACGGGAUACCGAACCUACACGCUUACAUUGAUGUACAUUCAUAUAGCCAGCUGUGGAUGUUUCCUUAUUCAUAUACGUUUAAACUGGCCGAGGAUUAUCAUUUAUUGUCAACGAUAGCGAACCAGAGCGUAGCAGCAAUCAAGGACGUGCAUGGUAAAGUCUACACACCGGGACCGAUCUCAAAAACUAUCUAUAUUGCUUCUGGCAGCACAGCCGAUUAUUUCUACGUGCAUGAUAAACUGAAGUGUGUGUUUGCUGCUGAACUGAGAGACACAGGGAAACAUGGGAUGUUGUUGCCGGAGAGUGAGAUCCAACCAACAGCCGAAGAAACAUUCGCUGGUUUGAUGGUGAUUGCUGAUCACGUGAUGAACGGAAGUUGUAUGUAAAAGUGUGGCAACUUAUAACUGGCAUGUUAAUCUAUUCAAUUAUAUCGAUGAACUAUGAAGUGAUUUAUAUAUUUCAAUUAUAGUAGGGUGGGCUAAGAUGGUCCAUGAUUUCAUUCUGUAAACGCAGCUUAAAGAUCAAACAAUGAAACAUCUACGCUGACCUGCGCUAAACAAUGCUGUGUGUAGAUAUUUCUUUGUUUGUUCUUUAUGCCUAAAAUUGAUUAUGCAAACUGUGAUGACCCUGCAAUAAACAACUGAAUUGU